UCCCAACCCCUCCCUCCUUUCAUUGCAUCCCUCGCAACCUCCCCUUCUCGUGAUCCGGAAUCGUGGCGGACUUCACCAUGAAUCCAUUCUCCUCGCCGACGCGGUUGAGGGAUAUGAUUCGAGCUAUACGUGCUUGCAAAACUGCUGCAGAAGAGCGUGCUGUUGUGAGAAAGGAAUGUGCUGCUAUACGUUCUGCAAUUAGUGAAAAUGAUCAAUUUUAUAGGCACCGUAAUCUUGCAAAACUUAUGUUUAUUCACAUGCUCGGUUAUCCUACUCAUUUUGGUCAAUUGGAAUGUCUCAAACUGAUAGCUGCUGUUGACUUUCCUGAAAAACGAAUUGGCUAUUUGGGCCUUAUGCUGCUUCUUGAUGAAAGACAGGAAGUUCUUAUGCUGGUUACAAAUUCUUUGAAACAAGAUCUCAAUCACUCAAACCAAUAUAUUGUAGGUCUUGCUCUUUGUGCUUUAGGGAACAUAUGUUCUGCAGAAAUGGCAAUGGACCUUGCACCUGAAGUGGAAAGGCUACUUUUAAGUAGAGACCAAACUAUCAAGAAAAAGGCUGCCUUGUGCUCUAUCAGGAUAAUAAGAAAAGUUUCGGACUUGGCUGAAAACUUAAUGAGUCCAGCUGCUUCUUUGUUGAAGGAAAAGCAUCAUGGAGUGUUAAUAGCAGGUGUUCAGCUUUGUACAGAUUUAUGUAAAGUCAGUGCAAGUGUCCUUGAAUAUUUGAGAAAGACCUGCAUAGAGAGAUUGAUUCGUAUAUUGAAGGACAUCUCAAACAGUUCAUAUUCGCUUGAGUAUGACAUUGCUGGGACUGUCGAUCCUUUUCUGCAUAUCAGAGUCCUUAAGCUAAUGCGGAUAUUGGGUCAGGGAGAUGCUGAUUCUAGUGAAUAUAUGAUUGACAUUCUUGCUCAGGUUGCAUCAAAAACUGAAUCAAAGAAAAAUGCUGGAAAUGCUGUACUAUAUGAAUGUGUUGAAACGAUAAUGGGUAUAGAAGCUACCAGUGGUCUCCGUGUGCUUGCAGUUAAUAUUCUGGGUAGAUUCUUGUCAAAUCAUGACAACAACAUCAGAUAUGUUGCACUCAACAUGCUGAUGAAGGCUGUCACCAUAGAGUCACAAGCAGUGCAGAGGCACAGGACAACAAUCCUAGAGCGUGUGAAGGACUCUGAUGCCUCCAUUCAGAAGAGGGCCCUAGAUCUUGUUUUUCUUUUAGUCAAUGAGACAAAUGUGAAGCCUUUGACAAAGGAACUUAUUGAUUAUCUAGAAGUUAGUGAUCAAGAUUUCAAGGGUGAUCUAACUGCCAAAAUUUGCUCGAUUGUUGACAAGUUUUCACAGGAGAAGUUAUGGUAUACUGAUCAGAUGUUUAAGGUCUUGUGUCUGGCUGGGAACUAUGUUAAAGAUGAUGUGUGGCAUGCUCUUAUAGUUGCAAUAAGCAAUGCCCCCUAUCUUCAAGGGUACUGUGUAAGGUCACUGUAUAAAGCAUUUCAAACUUAUUCUGAUCAGGAAAGUUUAGUUCGAGUAGCAGUAUGGUGCAUUGGUGAAUAUGGUGAGAUGCUGGUUAACAAUGUUAAGGUGUUGGAAAUGGAGGAACCGAUGACUGUAACAGAAUCUGAUGCUGUGGAUGUUUUGGAGGCUUCUUUGAAAAAUUGCUCACCCGACAUUACAACUCAAUCAUUGUCUUUGAUUGCUCUUCUGAAGCUUUCAUCACGUUUUCCCCCUACAUCAGAGAGGAUAAGAGAGAUCAUUAUGUAUCAUAAAGGGAGUGUUGUGCUUGAGUUACAACAAAGGGCAAUUGAGUUCAACUCUAUAAUCCAGAGGCAUCAGAAUAUAAAGCCUUCUUUGCUUGAGCGGAUGCCUGUCCUGGAUGAGAUGACUUAUCUUUUGAAGAAAGCUAGCUCUUCACAAGCAAAUGUUUCAGCAGAUAAAACUAGCAAAUCAAAUUCUAGGGCUUCGUUAAAGCUUCCAAAUGGUGUAAUCCAUGCUCCAGCAACUCCUGAUUUGGAUUUACUUGAUUUAAGUUCAGAUGAUAACCCGGCUAAUACUUCGUCAUCUAACGAUUAUCUCCAUGACCUGUUAGGCAUUGGUUUGACUAAUACAGGAUCCACAGAUCAAGGCAUUGCUCCAUCAGAGGGUACAGAUAUUCUCAUGGACCUUCUCUCGAUUGGAGCACCUACUGUUCAGAAUGAUAUAUUAGUUUCUGAUGCAGUCUCCUCCAACCAAGGAAUUGCGCCAGCAACUAAACCUUCUUCCACUACUCAAGUAAUGGAUUUGUUGGAUGGGACACCAACAAAUACAUCAAUCUCUGAUUAUCAAAAUCCAGUACAUCCAUCUAUUAUUGCCUUCCAGAGUAACACCUUGAUGAUCACUUUCACCUUCACAAAGCAGGCUGAUGACCCAAAAGUUACACAAAUCCAAGCUACUUUUACAAAUUUGUCAUCAGAUACUUACACAGAUUUUGUUUUUCAAGCAGCUGUCCCAAAGUUUAUACAGUUGCAGUUAGACCCAGCCAGCAGCAAUUUUCUUCCAGCCAAUAGCAAUGAGGAAAUUACACAAUCUCUGACUGUUACUAAUACCCAACAUGGGCAGAAAGCACUGGCGAUGCGCAUGAGGAUAGCUUACAAGGUGAACAACCAAGAUGUGCUGGAACAAGGACAAGUCAACAACUUCCCUCCAGGAUUAUGAACACUGGUGAUACUGUUGUGCAGGAUUUUGGUCUUCGCCUAAUUCCUCCUGCUUUCCUCUGAUUUUUUUUUUCUAUUUAAUUUUCAUUCUUUCUCUCUGAAGUCUUUAAACUAUCUGAGAAAUUUUGUGGUCAUUGAUUCAUUGUAGUGUAUAGAGUGGUGUCAAUUGAUGUUCUGUUCUCGGUGGCAUGAUGGAUUACGUAUUGAAAUAGAUAAUCUGGAAGAACCAGAACUAAUUCAUUACUCAUGA